AACACAGUGAUAUCUGUUGAUUUUCCAUCGUGUUUUUCUUUUGUUUCAACAAAACACCAUUGAUCUAGAAAUUAAUUCAAAUGUGCAAUUCUCAGCAAACACAAAUAUAACAUGCAGUACUCAACCUUGGGAACUAGACGGUAGAACGGUCAAAGUAUAGCUGUCAUCUUAGCAUUGGGCGAUACACACAAGCUCGUGUUGAUUUAAAUUGAAGAAGACGCAAAUGUUGUGCAGAAUUUCAACGAAUUCCACGCUCAAAUCAAACAGGAAGCAGAUGCUUAGUUGAUUUAAAAUGUUUGUUCGAUUAUAGUGGAAUAAAGUGACGCUUAAAUUGUCCAUUUAAUCCAGCUAACAGUUAGAAGAGUGCGUUGAUGUGCGUUUGUGGGUGAAUGAAAAGGAAAAAAACACAUUCCAAGGAGUAUAAGCAAGAAAAGUACAUCAGUUGGUGGGUGAGUAGUGCAGAGCUUGACACUACGCAUGCAAGAGUAAAAGAGCCAGCAACACUUGCAAGAGCAAGAGCGAUCGAACGUGCAAGUGAGGCGGUGUGAGCGAGAAGGAAAGACAACGAAAAACAUGCAUGAAUGAGUGUGUUUGUGCGCCGACCGACGUACAAAGGAGGAUAUCAAAAUCUUUUGCUCAGCGCGAAAGGAGUGGUGUGGUAGCGUAUCGUACUGUGUCCUACAGUCGAGUGUAUUUUUGCCGUGUGUACGCGAACUUUCGAUAGAGUGUUGGCGACAUUUUGAAAACAGAUUAUAUUGCGCUGUCUGUGCAUAUCGUUCUGAGAACCAGUAUAAGCAAUUGCUAUGGAGGGACUAUCGGUAGCGUCUGCAGAAGAUGAUUCAGCUGCCGAUGGAAGCGGUGGUGGUGGCGGUGGAAAUACUAGCAGUGGAGGAGGAGGAGGACCUCCUGGCAGAGGUGAAGAAACACGGCGAUGCAACGCGCCUCGUGCGGCAAGGCCUCCUGCAUCCAUGUAUGAAACGGGUGGUGGUACUGGAACAGGGGGUCGAGGAGGUGGAAACUGUGGUGGUCAUAAUCGUAAAAUUAAUCAACAACAACAACAGAGACACCAACAGCAACAACAGCAGCAACAACUUCAGCAACAUGGUGGAGGAAAGAAACAAAAGAAGCAACAAAAGUGGAAAGCGAAUAAAUACCGUGGUCGUGGUGGUGGUCCAGAACGCAAGGACUGUCCUGCUAGAGGUGGCAGAAAGGAUAAAUCAACCGGUGGGAUUGGAACACAGAUUCCAGGUGCGGGAAAACCAGAGGAUGGCACCGCAGCAAAUGGUCUCGGUGGGGAUGAUCAGCUGACCGUGGGCAAGGGUACCACAUCAGGAGAAGUUCAAGCACAACAAACGGAACCUGGUUGCUUUCAUCAGGUCAAUCAACAGCAGGUCCAUUUGCAGCAUGGAACAUCUUCCUCCUUGGGAAAUGCCCAACAACAAACAUCCGGAACGUUGGCUGCAGCUAUCAACGUAGGCGGACAGCAGCAAGGUGGUGCGGGUGGAGGAUCCGCCACGUCCUCUGCAAAUCCACCCCAGAAGCAGAAACAUCCCAAACAGCAGAAUCUUACCCCGAUGGAAGUACGUAACAAGCGGUUACAGUCUGUUUCGAAGUUCUUCCUGCCGGAUAAGCGACCGCGCAAGGAGUGUAUUGUACCGCCGACAAAGUUUCUGCUCGGUGGCAACAUUUCCGAUCCGCUCAACCUGAACAGCCUGCAGAACGAGUCGGAAAACGCGGUCACACCGAAAUCGUCCCCGAUACCGACACCACCACACUACAAGGCGAAGAUCGAAGUGAUCAUACCGCCGAACAUUAACGAUCCGCUUCAUCUGCUCGAUCCGGUCGACUCGGUCGAGUACGAAAUGCAGCUUUGUUCGCCGAUGAAGCGCAAGCAGCGGACGCGCAACAAGCGCAAACGCAAAUCACGCACCGCAACGGAACGGAACGCGGACGGUUUGCUGUCGAUCGAUCAGCUGCCACCGCCACCGGGUGCGGAGGAGCAUGUUGGAAGCAGCGGCGUAACGGUUGGUGCUGCCAACAAGGCGGAGGAAGCUACCACUGCUGAGGAAGCUUCCUUUACGGGCAUUGGUCAGAAGUUUGCCGAUGCUGCAGCAGGAGAACGAUUCUCACUGGCGCCCGAUAUGGAUACGGGUUCACAUUUUCAGCACCUUCACUUUGCGGGCCAAUCGUCCAGUGGUGGAGGAAGCGCAUUAACACAGCAGCAGGGACACAUAAGCGCGGUGGGCGUUGGCACUAGCGUUGGAACCACGGCGGAACGAAACGUUUCUUCCGCCGGUACGCUGACGGAGCAGGAUCGCGACAGGGAGAAAGCCAUGCGCAACUUGAAACUCGAUCUCGAAAGUGCCGGUGGUCGGAAGCGGCGUACCAGCGAAAGUACAAACAGCACCAAGAACAAACUGCGCCGGAUGGAUUCGAUGGAUAAAAUCGUGAGUCCGGUAAUUCCACAACCGGGCGGCUGGAAGCGAGCCCACUGGCCGACGAACGCUGGUGGAAGCGGUGCCGCGGGCAAUGCAGGACGCAAUCGGACCCGCACCUAUUCCACUACGUCCAACACGGACGAAUUGCACGGCGAGGAAGCAACGACUUCGACCGACCGGGGUCAAGUACAAGACAGUCAAGUACAAGAAAAAGCACACCAUUCCGAGCGCAAUGAUGCGCCAGAUGAUGUUACGAAAAAAGUAUUCGAGACCGGUAUGAGUACGGCACAGGAAGGGGUGAUGACCGGUAGGGAAAAAUCGGUCACGGUCCAGCACAAGCCGGUAGGUGACGUUGGGUCAGUUGAUCGUCCUUUGGCACUUGGGCAGGGAACAACCGAGGGAGUAGUUCCACAGCCGCAUACUGCGUUGGCCGCUUCAAGCCGGUAUCACUUUGGUAACUACGACCGCUACUACGGUUACCACAGUCUGAACGAGUUUAUCGACGUCCGGCUGAAAGUGUUCUUGCGUAAUUCGUACCUGUUUCGGGACAAGGAUGUGCUGGACAUUGGGUGCAAUGUGGGUCUGAUGACGAUUGCCGUGGCAAAGAUGCUGCAGCCGAAAUCGGCCACCGGAAUCGACGUGGACGGUAAGCUGGUAGCUAAAGCGCGCAAGAAUCUUUCCAAAUACGUGCGAGUUCCACGCACCACGGGGCACGCAGCCGGAAGGAGAGUGAACCGUGAAUCGGCCACAGCUGUCUCCAUUGCUCCCGAUACGAUGGAAGCGAGUGAGGAGCCGAUCGUAAGCCGAAAUACAAUUCCAUUAGAAUGCGAUCCACUACAGCUUGGUGUAAGUGAAUUGGCUACCAGCGUCACCACCGUCACCACUAGUCAAACAGGAGAGGAGUCCAUUGCGCCAGCUGCUGCUACGCCAUCAAACGUUACGGAAACAAGCGUCGCUGAGGUUGCAGCAGUUAACGAACCACCCGGGGAAAAUGUUCUUCAACCACCUGUUGUCCUUGUUCCAAAAGUAAAAGAAGAAAACGAAGAAGAGGAGAAGGAUAUAAAACCACCGGAACCGGUGGAUCAACCGAGCCAAGUAAAAUCGGAACCGAUGAUAACGGUACCGGGACCGGAUCACAGCAGCAAAUGUUUGCUGCGACAAAAGCGACGCCGAAAACGGAUGGCACUGAAACGCCGGCCCGGACAGCAUCACCAACAGCAUCACCAGCAGCAUCAGCAGCUGCGACGCCAAAAGACGGAACAGUCACAGUACUUUCCGAUCUCGUUUCCGCUCACCAUGGGCAAUCUCAGUGGGAAGGAGUAUCAAAUGGAUAUUGGCCGGACGGAAAAUAAAUUCCCCCACAACGUACGGUUUAAAACGAUGAAUUACGUCCUCAAGGAUGAAUCGUUGAUCAACUACGAUACGCAACAGUACGAUCUGAUCCUGUGCCUUUCGGUAACGAAGUGGAUCCAUCUGAACUACGGUGAUAUGGGUCUGAAGAUAGCGUUCAAGCGCAUGUUCAACCAUCUGCGACCAGGAGGGAAACUUAUCUUGGAAGCACAAAACUGGGCCAGUUACAAAAAGAAAAAGAAGCUCACGGCUACUAUUUUCGAAAACUACAAAAGCAUUGAUUUCUUGCCGAGUCGCUUUCACGAUUACCUGCUUAGUCCGGAGGUGGGUUUCAGUCACAGUUUCCCGCUGGGUAUACCGCGUCAUCUGAGCAAAGGUUUCCGGCGACCGAUCCUGCUUUACAUAAAGGGCGAUUUUACGCCUUCGCAAGCGAAGUGGAGCGACACGUAUCAUCCCGGUACACCGUACGAGAACCAUCGCGGUAUCUACACUGAUAUUGUUACCGCUUCGCAGUCCGCAGCCGGCUGCAUCUGGGGUGCGAUGACACCGUACGCACCCAGCUACAGUUAUCGGCAACCGCCAACACCAUCGCAUGGCGGUGGCAGCGGAAGCGGUAGUGGAGGUUUUGCCUCAACUUCCCCUUACUAUAACCCUCGCCAGACGGACAGUUAUCUGCCGAGUUACGACAACAUCGGCAACGGACAUCGGCCCGGUAGCUACUGUUUUGCUUCGCCGCUGUAUUCGACCACCUGGUCGCCACCGUCGGACAUGCUGGCAACGAGCGGUGGUGGUGGAGGUUCGUACCGCCGUUCUGCCUCUAAUACACCUAACUCGGCCAGCAUUCGGAGUGCAGAUAAUGAUGAGCAUUAUUACGCCGGUACGGUUGGUGGAGGUAGUCAGCGGCGUCAUCAUGUCUACCCACCGAUCGAUGUACUGCCACCAUUGCUCGGGUAUGAUGGAAUGCGCCCCGGAAGCUAUCGAAGCGGCGGCGGUGGUGGUGGUGGUGGAGGUGGUGCGAUGACAGAUUCAGACUCCGAACCAUCGUCAAAUUCGGCCUCGCAGACACCUACACGGCAGCAGCAACUGGCCGGUAGCUUCCUGACGGACGACCAGUCCAACUCUCCCAGCGGUCACUCACAGCCCGACAAGUAGAGCGGGGGGUAUUAGUGACGGUUCGUUUCGAAAGUGAACGAAAGACACGAUUCUACUUAGACACAACGCGAAACGACCUGUUGCUUUAGAUUUAGUGUAAGGACGCACAAAAGCUGGUGAGGCGCCGAUGUUUUGUGCCAGUGGGAAAUUGUUUAAUAGACGGGUUAGAUAAAGCAGCGGUCUGCAGUUCUGCCUGGCCGUGCGCUCGGUAGUAUCCAACACCGUGUGAUAUAGAUUUCAUUCGAAAAAGGUGAUAAUCUUUCCCAGAGAAACCAAAAAAAAGCGGAUAAUAACGCAUAGUACGUGCACAACAGCCGCAAUGCAAGAUUUAGCUACAAAGGCCACCUAUUCAAUUUCACACACACACACAUUCUCUCUCUCUCUUUCUCUUUGUCUCUUUACGCAAAGUUCAAUAUAUAGAACACGGCACAAAGGCAAACGCAUUACGGUAACCAAUUCUUGACUGGUUUUCAGCAAUAGGCUUUAACCUGGCCAAGAUUGUUUGCUCUCGACACGUGAAGUAUUUAUCUGUUUUUGUUAGAUGUUUGUUGCCCUCUCUCACCUGCCUCCCUUUUUCGUGCACAUUAAUCGAUUAGUGUCGUAAGUCAGUUAUUGUUUUUUUUUUCUUUUGUAGUUUUUAAACCAUUCAGUUCUUUGAUCAUGUUCGUUUUGUAAGCCAUAGUUGUAGAGCUUCUUUUCGGCCACAACACGCAUCAUUAUUGAUGCGACCACGUAAAGCGAGUAGUAAUAGGGAUAGGCGAAAACCCCCGUUUUGUGUGAGUUGACAAUUGUAAAUUGUACGACUAUAUAAAGUUCGCUUACACGUUCUCACUUCCAGUUGUGGAGUGUGGGGAAAAUGAGGAAAAAAUAAUAUACAUUUGAAAGAA